AUGAAGUCCUUCUUCAUUGCUUGCCUUGCCGCCACCAGCGCCUUCGCAGCACCUCUUGCUGCUCCCCAGCUGGGCGGCAUCCCUAGCUUCGGCGGUGGCCUCGGCAGCUCCACCAGCAACGAUGUUAUCGACGGUGUUUGCAAGCCCGUGACUUACAUCUUCGCUCGCGGCACCACUGAGAUCGGCAACAUGGGUUCUACUGUCGGUCCAGCUCUUCAAAGAGCUCUNGAGUCUGCUUUUGGUAGCAACAAUGUUGCUACCCAGGGUGUCACUUACCCCGCCAAUGUUGCUGGCGCUAUCAGCGGUGCUCUUAACCCUGGAUCUGCGCAGGGUGCUCGUACUAUGGCUAGCUUGACUCAGCAGGCUCUGAGCAAGUGUCCCGAUACUAAGGUCAUCCUUGCUGGUUACUCUCAAGGUGCCGAGCAAGUCCAUGGUGCCCUUAUAAAUCUCCAGAACGGACAAGUUUCUAGAAUCCCUUUCAGAAACAUCGAGGCUGGUCGUACCAAGGUCUACUGUAACCUUCUCGAUGGUGUCUGCAAUGGUGCCUUCAUCAUCUCUGCCGCUCACUUGUCCUAUUCCUUUGAGGACACCACACCUGCUGCUCAGUUCGCCAAGAGUGUUAUUGGCAAUAUCCAAGCUUAG